AUGGCAAGUAACGCUCCACGCAAGAGUUCGUCUUCCUCUACCGGCCGUAAUGGCGACAAACAAAUCUCAUCCCACUGCAGCAAGCAUCGCAUCAACAAGCUGAACAAUCGCAUAACAGCUAUUCGAGACUACGGCAACGCCAUGGCUGAACUGGAGAAGGCGAAAGCUGAGGUUGAAGCUGCCAAGCUACGACUUGAAGUUGCAGAACUCGAGCUCCAGACUGUAGACAGCAACGCUAAAGACGAGCGGGAAUACAAACACCAGUCGGAGCAGGCGAUGAAGCAAGAGGUAAAUCAGGAGGACGAGGACGAUGGCAGUCGAGAGCAUUGGGAAGACGAUUAUAUCGAGGAAGUGUAA